UGCUCAGUGUCCAGCUGCUGAGCUGCCCUGUGCCCACACUCCAUUGCACCUCCGGACUGACCACACAGCCCCAGGGCCAGACCAGCUGCCAGCUCUCACCGCCGACGAGCUUAGCUGGGAAAUGACUGCCUAAAACACCAUGGUCCAAAACGUAGGUACUAAAAUCUGGUGGUCUAACUCUAUUAGGCAAAUUCCUGUUGUUAAAGCCUCCCAAAGACUCUGGUUAUGAUGUUUCCACUCAAUGAUUAACUCAGUCUUGUUUAUUUCACCUGGUUCAUACAUAAUUAAAAACUCUUCAGUUAAGUAACUGAACUCCCUAAACAAGUGAACAGCUGUUACUUCAGCUUAUCUUACAGUGGUACUUGAAUACUGACAUCUAGACUAAGGAAGAAACGCCUAUUUGCCUCCGCAGAGGUUUUCCCACUUGUUUUCAAGCCGUUUGUAGAUUUUGCAUGGCAUUACAGACGAACCGAGAGAGGGCAAGUGAUGCUAGAAUAAGUUAAUAAGUAAAAACGCGCGUAGCAAAGGCGUGUUCAAACUCCGAGCAAGUCCUGCGGAUGCUUCAGCGCAAGCCUGACCUGCGCGGCUGGCGCUGCCUUGGCCGCCUCCCCGGCAGGCUUCCAGCGGGGCUUAGAGCCGGGCAAGUCUCAAACACAGGCGAGCCCCGAGCACAGCGGGCACCCGCGGGGGCCGCCGGGCAGCGGCGUCAGCGGAAGGAGCCGGAAGGAGCGACACCGGGAGGAGCGACACCGGGAGGGGCAGGAGCGGCUGCGAGAGGCGGGACCCGAGCGGAGAGCGCGGAGAGGUUGAAUAUCCUGAGGUUGUCUUGGAGCGUGGUGGAGCUUGCACGACCACACCUUCUCAGAAAUGAUAUCCUGAGUUUCCCUUGGUGAGCAAAACUGUUACUGGACGCCUGUAAAUGGGAGAGAAUGGAAUCCCUUUGUGGCAGCACUGCAUCAGGGGCUGUUUGAGCACUGCAGGUGUUCCUCUCACCAGCUCCCAUGGUAGAUGUAGCAGAGAAGGAGAUGGAUAACCCCACAUUCAGAAGUGACACCGUGCUGUCUGAUGUGCACUUGCACUGCCCAAGCAAAAGACACCUCAUGGUACGACUGAAUGCAGUUGGACAGCCAGUAUUCCUGUCAUAUUUCAAACUCCUUUGGAGCACAGAAGAUUUGGCAUCUGGGAAACACGUGAGAGAAGUUACCACAGGAAAAGAACACCAGAGCAGAAGUGGAGAUGAACUGUGUGACAAGGACAGGAGUAAUGUGAAAGAAGAAGGAGAAUUAAGUAGUGAAGGAGUAGAAGCUCUGCUAGAUGAUGACGGAGACUUGGAAGUGGUCAGAAGGCCUCGAAGUGCCUCUGAUUUGCCAGCAGAGGAUCUUUUGAGGGAUAUAGUGUGCCCUGUCAUUCUGAUGAAAGGGAAAGAAGAUGCUUUUGAAGACGAAGAGCAGGAGUGUACUUGCAGUGAUGUUGUUAAAAUAGAACACACCAUGGCAACCCCCUUGGAAGACGUUGGUAAACAAGUCUGGCGUGCUGCCUUCCUUCUGGCUGAUUACAUUCUCUUUCAAAGGGACACGUUCAGGGGUUGCUCUGUGCUGGAGCUUGGAGGUGGCACUGGAAUUACCAGCAUUAUCAUGGGAACAGCUGCCAAGAGAGUUUAUUGCACAGAUGUUGGUGAAGAUCUCCUGGCCAUGUGUGAGCAAAAUGUUGCAUUAAACAAACAUCUGAUGAAGCCAGGAGAUCCUGAAGCUCCUUAUAGCUGGUCUGAAGAAGAGAUUGCUGAUUUGCUUGAUCACUGUUCUGUGAUAAUGGCAGCUGAUGUGUUCUAUGAUGAUGACCUGACAGAUGCCUUGUUCAGAACUCUGUAUAGAAUCACACACAACUUGAGAAACUCUUGCACAGUUUACUUAGCACUGGAAAAGAGGCUGAACUUCACUUUAAGACAUAUGGAUAUUACAUGUGAAGCUUACAGUCACUUUAGAAAUACUCUAAAUGAUCUGGAGAACCUCCAAGAUGGAAAAAUGAAAUAUACAGUGGAGCCCAUUAAGCUUGAUUUCUGCCAGUUCCUUGUGUAUGAACGGAUUGAGCAGUUGGAAUUGUGGAAGAUCGUGGCUCAGCACCUAACGUGACAGGCCCACCAGGGAAGAGAAGAUCUUUACCUGAGGAGAAGGGCUGUUUUGAUGUUCUGUUAAGAUAAGGAUUUUCAUCCCAAGAAAAGCAUCUUCCUGGUGGAAUUGUGUUCUCAGAAAGUAUUGCAAGGCAGUUUUGCUUUACUUUUUUGGGUUUGGCACUUCAUUUCUUGGACUUGUGCACUUGGACAUGAUUUCUUUGAUGUUUCCAAGUACCUGCUGGAUGCCAGGCAGUGGCAGUGACUUGCUUUUUGGGUUGAUGACUUCACUCUUAGAGUCUGGCAAAGAAGAAGAAGAGGUUUGGAAGGUUUGGGAGAACCUUUCCCAUGUUGCUGAUUUGCAGAUGUUGUGCAUUUCCCUUUUCAGUUUACACAACAUGGACACAGUUCUCAGUCUCAUCCCAGUUCCACAUGUUAUUUGUAUUUAUGGACAUUUGUGAAACAAUGUUCUGGACAAGACUUGUUUGACAUGAAUGAAAUUUUCUUUAAGAAAUUUGUUUAUGAAACUUGGCCCUUAAUUCUCAGUUUGGCCUAUAUAAAUCACUCUAGUUUUGGGCCACUGUCUGACCUGAAAGGAAACAAGAUGCAUUUUGUUUGAGCCUCUAAAAAUACUCCACAGACGUUUUGGAGUAUAGGAAGUCAACCCUUUAUUGUCCUGCAGGAAUUUUAAGCUAAUCUGUCUUGGGCAGGUUGAGGAUGAGAAGGUACCACAUGAAUGGAGAUGUUAUAGCUCUUGAAAUACUUGGAGUUCUGCCCUCAGCAUGUACAUGUGAGGCUGGGGGCAGGGAACUGGCCAAGAAUGUCUUGCCCAAACAAAAGUGGGCCUCUAAUAUCUUUUCUUCUGGAUUAAAAUAAAACAUAUUUAUUAAA